GAAGACAUGUCAGCCAACCUCACCGCCUCCAGCCACAGCACCAACUAUAACUUCCCAGCGCUCGUCUUCGGGAUAUUAUUGAUCAUCAUCAUCAUCUGCGGGAACGUGCUCGUGUGUCUGAGCGUGUGCACGGAGAAAGCGCUCAAAACCACAACCAACUACUUCAUCGUCAGCUUGGCUGUUGCUGAUCUGCUGCUGGCUGUUCUGGUCUUACCUCUGUUCGUGUAUGCAGAGUUCCAGGAUGGGGUUUGGUCCCUCAAUAUGACCCUAUGUGAUGGACUGAUGACCAUGGAUGUCAUGCUCUGCACCGCCUCUAUAUUUAACCUCUGUGCCAUCAGCAUAGACAGGUUCAUCGCAGUCUCCAUCCCUCUUAAUUACAACCGCAAACACGUGGAUCAGCGACAGAUUGUCCUGCUUUCUGCCACAUGGAUCCUGGCCUCGGCCGUGGCCUCCCCAGUGAUGUUCGGAGUCAACAAGGUCCCCAACCGGGACCACAGCGAAUGCAAGCUGGAGGACAACAACUACGUGGUGUAUUCCUCCGUCUGUUCGUUUUUCAUGCCGUGCCCCAUCAUGCUCGUGCUGUACUGCGGGAUGUUUCGGGGCCUGAGGAACUGGGAGGAAGCACGGAAAGCCAAGCUGAGGAGCAGCAUGAAGGCCUGCAGAAAGCUUCAGGAGGCCGCCUCGUCCCUGCAGCCGCUGUCCGGCCUGCCGCCCGUCAUCAAGAAAGAUCUGUCUGACAGUACCUUAGAGGAGCUGGAGCAGGAGCCUGACAGCCCUGACCCCGUGUGCAUGCUCGCCUAUCCCGGUGGGAACUACCAUGAACAUCGAAACCAGAACCGGCAAAAGAAGAGAGCCAAAAUAAAUGGGAGGGAGAGGAAAGCAAUGAGGGUGCUUCCUGUUGUAGUAGGUGCCUUCCUGUUCUGCUGGACGCCGUUCUUCGUAGUGCACACGAUGAGGGCUGUCUGUGAAGACUGCUACAUCCCCAGCAGCGUCACUAGCAUCGUGACCUGGCUAGGCUACGUCAACAGCGCCCUCAACCCCGUCAUCUACACCAUCUUCAACACAGAGUUCAGGAAGUUCUUCCGGAAGUUCCUGCCAACUCUGCCCAACUGCUGCUAACCGGAGCAUGCUCUUUGCUAACAGUUUAAGAACAAAUCAUAGCCUACCCAAAAGUAUAAAUAAACCAGACAAAUAAUUCUUACAUGUAAAAACAGCAUGUUGUAUGAAACAAAAAUGAAACUUUGGUUAUUGCUGCCUUUAUGUUUUUACUUCAUGGUUUAAUUUCGUAUGUUUACAUUUUGAGAGCUGUAAUGAAUUGGCUUCAUUCAUUCACGAAUUUACAUACAAUGUUUGUAAAAUCAUUCUUAUGUAAACUGUCGUUUCAUGAAAUGCAUACAAAACAAAUUUGUGUAAAUGAUUAUUAAAAUCAUUUGAGUACUGUUACGUUUAAACAGGCAGAAUGAAUUUCCUAUUUAAUUUAUUUUCCUAUAAAAAAAUUUUUUUGCGUAAGUAAUAGCGAUUCUUAAUACACGAACAUAAUUUCCAUGUAAAUAGUUCAUAAAAC